AUGAUAUUUUUUAAUCGAAUUCUUUUCGUAAUGCUUAUGUUGAUUCCUUACCCUAUCCAUUUUUCCCAUCGAUGCUGUCUUUUCCCGCCCUGAGUAAGAGGUCGUGAGCAUAUACAACUAAAUCAUGGCUAGGAAACGUCUUUGAGUGAAGGUUCUCAUACACCUGGCACCCGCUCCCUAUUUUAUUAUGAUGCAAUCAUCAUGUAACGUCUGAUGUUAUAUUCACAUUGCAGAUUAAUUAAUUUAUUUCCCGGAAGUGAUUAAUAAAGAUGUUACGUAUGUGUCUUGCCAUUCCGCCAUCUUAGUAUAACACGGAUUUCCGUUCGCUAGAAGAUCGGCAGUCAAAAAGUAUUUAAAACCGAGUUUUGGUGAUAGUUGGGACCAGUCAUGGAAGAUCAGUAUUUAGCAAAUUCUGGGGAAGUUCUGGCUACUUUUCCCGCAAUUCAGUCAUCUAAUCUGCGAAGCAUCCAAGCCACUAGCCAAGAAGACUAUCUCAACAUCCCAGAGCAAGCAGUUCUAAAUAUGGGAAUUUCUGUUUCUGACAUCCUACGAGCUAGCGAAGAUCACAGACGGGAAACAGGCAAGAAGUUCGAGAAAGCUGUGGAUCUUUACAAAGCUAUACAAAACUAUCCAACGAGCAGCUCACCUGGUGACGUGCAGCUACAAGGUUCGCUUCCGCAUGGAGGAAAUGAUUCUCAAACCUUCUGGGCCUCACCAGCCGUCGAGGCAGUCCUUGAGUUUGGGAUAAGACAAGAUGUGAUUGCUUUAGUCCAGGCCAUCCAGACGAGGGAGCAUGGCGCCCCGUUUGAUCGAGCUAAAGACCUUCUUCAGGCGUGCGAUAACGCGAGCCUUACUUAGACCAGAAUCGAUGAGACAGUCAUCUGCAAAUAACUUUCCACAUUUCUUGUUGUUAGUUUUACAUGUUUACCUGCAUAUAGGACUGGCAUAGUUUGGAAUUUAUAUGUUUACCUCCCUUUCAGCGCAGAAGAUUGGUGACAUGUUUCUAUAUUCUGAGAAGAAAAUCGUUAGAAACAUGGACACUGGGUGAGUUUCUUCACUAGGACCUACGUGCAUUGAGAGAUCCACGAUCGAGUUCCUGUGGUGAAGCUUAUCGUUGAUGUUAACAAAGGGAGGUACACAUAUAUUAUGUGUUUUUCACAGCUAAAAGAACAUGCGGUGACACUUGUCCCGUAUCAACAAGCCAUUUAUUCAUCCAUAUCUGAUUUAUUGAGAGCAGAGAUCACUAUCGAUCCAAACAUCUCCGAUUGAGGUUGAACUUGUCGAGAGACCUGUUCAGCUCGUCGCUCGUUUGGUGAAUUCUCUGCAUCCCUUACUACUACUUCUUCUUCUUCGUUCCUAUUCGCCCCCAGUAGAGCAUAGGGCCGCAACCACACGCCGCCAUCGGACCCGGUCCAGGGCAUCCCUUUCUAGUUGGGACCAUGUCAUGCCAGCUGUCGCUGCCUCUCUGUGGACUGAUCGUCUCCACGUCUUGAGAAAACUGUCUGUCUGUCUGUCUAUCCCUUACUUCAGGUAAUUGUAAUGUAACUUUAAUGCUAAUAGCUUUUUGUUGUACAAAUAAAGGAACAGGAGCUUAAUUGACACUUAUUACCCAGUUUGUAAAUUAAAC